UUUGGGGCCCUGAGGGUGCAAGGGAACUAUAGAUAAGCUGGGUGGAUGCAGUCAAAGCCUUGCUCUGGGCCUCAGAGAGGCUGGCUACAGAAGCCUUGGAACCUUCCUGAGCCUGAGCCACUCCAGAGCUCUCCCAGAGGCCCCAGGGCUCCACACACAUCCUCUUCAUGCUACUGCUGCUGCUGCUGCUGUUGUUGGCAAUGGGUCCAGCCUGGCAUGCAGCUGCCCAGCGUUGCCCACAGACCUGCAUCUGUGACAACUCCAGACGGCAUGUUGCCUGCCUGUACCAGAACCUCACUGAGGUGCCUGACAACAUCCCUGAGCUGACCCAGAGGCUGGAUCUCCAGGGCAAUAUGCUGAAGAUGAUUCCUCCGGCCGCCUUCCAGGACCUGCCUCACCUCACCCAUCUGGACCUGCGGGACUGUCAAGUAGAGCUGGUGGCCGAGGGCGCCUUCCGCGGCCUGGGCCGCCUGCUCCUCCUCAACCUGGCCUCCAACCGCCUGAGCACGCUGCCCCAGGAGGCGCUGGACGGUCUGGGCUCGCUCCGGCGGUUGGAGCUGGAAGGGAACCUACUGGAGGAGCUGCGGCCCGGGACCUUCGGGGCUCUGGGCGCGCUGGCCACCCUGAACUUGGCUCACAACGCCUUGGUCUACCUGCCCGCCAUGGCCUUCCAAGGGCUGCUGCGCACCCGCUGGCUGCAGCUGUCGCACAACGCACUCAGCGUGCUGGCACCCGAGGCCCUGGCCGGCCUGCCCGCCCUGCGCCGCCUCAGCCUGCAGCACAACGAGCUGCAGGCCCUGCCGGGGGCUGCCGUGUCCCAGGCCCGGGGCUUAGUGCGUCUGGAGCUGGGCCACAACCCGCUCACCUACACCGGCGAGGAGGACGGGCUGGCGCUGCCUGGCUUGCGCGAGCUGGCGCUGGACCACGCGGCCUUGCAGGCUCUGGGGCCCCGGGCCUUCGCGCACUGCCCCCGCCUGCAUAGCCUGGACCUCCGCGGGAACCAGUUAGCCAGCCUGCCCCCGCUGCAGGGCCCGGGUCAGCUGCGCCGCCUGCGGUUGCACGGCAACCCGCUGUGGUGCUCCUGCCACGCUCGGCCGCUGCUUGAGUGGCUGGUGCGCGCGCGGGUGCACUCGGACGGCGCGUGCAGGGGGCCGCGGCGGCUGCGGGGCGAGGCGCUGGAUGCCCUGCGGCCCUCUGACUUGCGCUGCCCCGGAGACGCGGCGGCGGAGGACGAGGAGGAGCGCGCGCCUGCCGUAUUGCGGACCCCUCCGCGCCCCCCGGCGGAGCAGGAGGCGGCGGCUACGCCCUGCCCUUCCACCUGUGCCUGCGUCUCCGCCACCCGGCACAGCAGCUGCGAGGGCCGCGGCCUGCAGGCGGUGCCCCGCGGCUUCCCCAACGACACCCAGUUGCUGGACCUGCGGCGGAAUCACUUCGCGUCGGUGCCCCGCGCCGCCUUCCCUGGCCUGGGUCAGCUGGUGUCGCUGCACCUGCAGCACUGCAGCAUCGCUGAGCUGGAGCCGGGCGCCCUGGCUGGCCUGCCGCGCCUGCUCUAUCUCUACCUCUCCGACAACCAGCUGUCAGGCCUCAGCGCGGCGGCCCUAGAAGGAGCCCCCAACCUUGGCUACCUGUACCUGGAGCACAACCGCUUCCUGCGGGUCCCGGGGGCUGCGCUGCGCGCCCUGCCCAGCCUCUUCUCUCUCCACCUUCAGGACAAUGCGGUGGAGCGCCUGGCGCCUGGGGACCUGGAGGGAGCGCGGGCUUUGCGCUGGCUCUACCUGAGUGGCAACCGCAUCGCCCAGGUGUCCCCCGGAGCGCUGGGGCCAGCUCGGGAACUGGAAAAGCUGUACCUUGAUCGGAACCAGCUGCGACAGGUGCCGACUGGCGCCUUGGAGGGGCUGCCCGGCCUCCUGGAGCUGCAACUCUCAGGGAACCCGCUCAGGGCUCUGCAAGAUGGGGCCUUCCAGCCUAUGGGCCGGUCGCUGCAGCACCUCUUCCUGAAUAGCAGUGGCCUGGAGCAGAUUUCCCCCAGGGCCUUCUUAGGCCUGGGGCCGGCGCUCCAGAGCCUGCACCUGCAGAAGAACCAACUUCCAUCUCUGCCUGCCUUGGCCAGUCUCAGCCGGCUGGAGCUCAUCGACCUCAGCGGUAAUCCCUUCCACUGUGACUGCCAGCUGCUCCCCCUGCACAGGUGGCUCACUGGGCUGAACCUGCGGGUGGGGGCCACCUGUGCCACCCCUCCCAGUGCCCGUGGCCAGAAGGUGAAAGCUGCUGCUGCUAUCUUUGAAGCCUGCCCAGGCUGGACUGUCAGAAAGGCCAAGCAGACACCAGCCUCCAGGAGAAGACAGCGAGGAGCAGACAAGGUGGAGAGAGAGAAAGGUGGCGUCUGAGAAUGGAGCAGGCUGGCCCUGCCUCAGCCCAGCCCAGCCCAGCAGCUUACUCUCAUCAGAAACCAGCUCCGAUGAGACACCCA